CUUGCGCAAAAUCCUGGCCUGGGAAGGAGGAGCUUUGGCCACAGUUGCUUGGGCGUCCUAGCGCCAGACAGAGCUUCACCUGGUGUUGAGAAGCCGGGGACUGGAGCGUCCCAUAGGGAUGGAGAAAAGAGCGAGCUGCCCCAGGGUAAGCAUGAAAUAGACAGAGCUGAAUUUCAUCAGGAGUAGUGGCUUUGCAAGAUGAUGAUUCAUGGUGAUGGCUUGCAGGGUCAUAAACAAAAGAAGGCACAUGGGACUUCAACAACUUUCAUCAUUUGCAGAAACAGGAAGAACUUUCCUAGGCCCAGUAAAAUCCUCCAAAUUUAUUCGAGAUGAAGAGUGUCACGAAAGUGUGUUAAUCAGUUCAGCAGUAAGGCUUCUUGAAAAUUUGGAUUUAACCAAUGCAGUGGGACAACUUCUCAAUGAAGCAGUUCAAGCACAAAAUAACACGUACAGAACUGGAACCAGUACUCUCUUGUUUCUUGUUGGUGCAUGGAGCCGUGCUGCUGAAGAGUGUCUUCAUUUGGGUGUCCCCAUUUCAUUGGUAGUGUCUGUAAUGUCAGAAGGCUUGAACUCUUGCAUUGAAGAGGUCGUUUCCCUUCACGUGCCUAUCCGCAAUGUAUUUGACCUUACAGACAACACGAAGACAUUUUCUGGUCUUGAAACAUCCAAUGUCAGCUUGUUCCCUUUUCUACAAAUCCCUUCAGGUACUGGCUUGAGGCAGGAAGAGCAUGAUCUCAAAGAUGUUACCUCUCAGUCCUUGGCUGUCUGCAGUCUUUCUGGGAGACCUGUUAAAUCACCUAAACUCUUUAGGCCUCAGGCUAAGGUCGAAACAGAUAAAAACACAUCACAAACUCCUCAGGUUCUGAAAAACAGUCUGCUUGCUGACACCCGCUGCAGAAAGUCAGUCCUAACCCACAGUAGACAUUUUAGUAGCAGAGAUGAUAAUCAUUGGAUAAGCAAACCAGAUGGAUUUCUAGAGCAACGUGGUGCAGCUGCUCCUAAGACUUACAGAUGUGAUGAGUUGGUAGAGUUGGAGGUGGGUUUGAGUCACGGAGAUCACAGCAGCAUGAAACUGGUGGAUGAAGCAGUACGGCUGCAGUGUCAGAGCUCAGGAAUGCAGCAUGGCAGCAGUUCAGGGCCAUUUCUGUUGGACAUUUCAAGACUCUUCACUUGGUGCUUACCAGGUUUACCUGAAACUUUUUCUUGCGUCUGUCCAGGAUAUAUCACUGUUGUAUCAAUAACUAGUACCGCUGUGAUCAAGGAAUUGCAGCAUCAGCCUACCCGGGUAGUUCUCAUUGAGGGUGACCUCACAGAGAAUUAUCGUCACCUAGGAUUUAACCAGUCUACAAAUAUUGUCACAGUAUCAGAAAGCACAAAGUUUCAGCAAGAGAGUCUAGAAGAACUGUGGACAAGUCAUGUUUUACAGGUAUUAAUUAGGUUCAACGUGAACCUUGUCCUGGCACAAGGAAGUGUAUCUGAGCGCUUAAUUGAAAAAUGCACACAAAGUAAGCGGCUGGUAAUUGGGUCAGUGAACAGCAAUGUGAUGCAGGCUUUUGCAGAGGCUUCAGGAGCAGUGCCAGUGGCCUACGUUACACAAGUGAAGGAAAACUGUGUGGGCAGUGGGGUCUAUGUGACCUUCUGGAGAAACUUUCCCUUCGAUGCUGCAGUGCAGAUCCAAAGAAUAGCAAUCAUGUUAAAAACAGAGGGAAUGAAUUUGGUGACAGUAGUGCUGACUAGCCCAAUCCCUGCCCAGAUGCAAGCCAAAGAAGAUAGGUUCUGGACUUGUGCCUAUCGCCUGCAUUGUGCUCUAAAAGAGCAGAAGGUCUUCCUCGGAGGGGGCACAGUUGAAUUUUUAUGUCUUAGCCAUCUUCAAAUUCUUGCAGAGCGAUCUCUGCAUAAAGGAAACCAAGGCUGUUCAGAAUGGCUUCGUAAUACUUCCUCUUGGCUGGCCUCAUCUGUGGCACUAUACAGACCAACUGUGCUUAAAUGCCUGGCAAAUGGAUGGCACAGGUACCUUUCAACUCUCCUGUGUAAUACUGCCAGUUACUCAUCAGAAUGUGAAGCCAGCACAUUCAUUCAGCAGCAUCUGCAAAAUGCAGUAGACUCUGGCUCUCCUUUGUCUUACAUCUUGAAUGAAUAUAGUAAACUAAAUAGUGGAAUUUUUAAUUCAGGCAUUUCAGAUAAACUAGAAGAGAUUCCAAGAGUUUAUGACAUUGUUACACCAAAGAUUGAGGCAUGGCGCCGAGCUUUGGAUUUAGUACUGUUAGUACUUCAGACAGACAGUGAAAUUAUUAGUGGACUUGGACAUACACAGAUAAAUUCACAGGAAUCAGAGGGCUUUUUAUUUUUGUAGUAUUACUGGCUAAGACUUCGGAAAAUAAUCUUGAUAACUUAUCAUGCUAACAAUAAGUUUUCUAGUAGCCAGGUCGUAGUAUAUAAAAUGCCAGCUUUUACCAAGAAGAAAAUAAUUGAUAUUUGUCAAAUAACUGUACAGUGUCUGAGAUUUCACCCUACUUGUAAUCUAGCAAGUUAGCCUGUUACUGUUUCAUGGAGUGCUGAAGAAUAUUCAAGAUGCUUGGAUCAGAGACAAAAGACUUUCAUUAUUCUCAGCAAAAGCAGUAGCCAGAGCUUCAGGUUGCUUUGUAUCAGUUCCCCAUUUCUCUGAGUCCUACAAGAGCAACGCCAAGGGCCAAUGAUGGAAGCCUACACAUGCUGUGUGUUGUGUUCCAGAAGAGGAACACUGAGCUUUGGGUACCCUCUGCUUCUCUCGUAAGCAGAAACAAUCUGGUUCUUUGUUCAGGGUAGUUGUUACCUCAUGCCUCAGGGUUGCUCAGUACAUGCAACCCAGAGGCACAGACUGGGUAAAGAUAGGUCAUGGCUUACUGAGAAGAUGCCAUGACUGAGAUAGGUCAUGACAUGCAGUGUCACUCACAGCCCAUAAUGGAUAGCCUCUUCUGGCAGUUUAUUCCUCAGCCUGCCAUGUUCUUGACCAGUCUUGAAUGUUCAUGUGAGUAUGCCACUCUAUUGGCCACUGUAAUUAAUCUGGCAAGCAGUUUGCUUAGUCAGUUCCAAGUCCAUUCGGUUGGUCUCAUAUUGCAACUAAAUUAAGGCUACUGAAGCAGACUCUGAGCAGCAGGAUGAAGCCAGUCUGCAGUGACUCUCAGUCAGGUCCCCCAGUGUCCUAAAUUUAGUCACAUGUAAAUUCCAGGAGAGGAUCAAUAGGUCUGUUUAUUAGCCAAAAUGUAGUCCAACAGCAAUUUAUUAUCCAUUAUGAAUCAUGCAAGGGAGCUUUGACUGACUUGCUAAUCUUUGGUGUCAUUGGCAAAAUUAUAGGAGGCAGUAGAUGGGCCAAAAUGCAACUCCCGUCUGUAGUGGAGAGAACUUUGUGGCCCAUUUUCCCUACAUACAGACACAUAACCCCAACAGGCCCAGGUCACUGUAUCUCAGGAUUUGUUGUUAAGUCUGAUUUGAAUCACCAUUGUAUCAAUUUGAUUAAGUCCCAUAGGUCGUGUCAUCCAGUAGUUGCAGCCUCAGUUUCCAUACAUGGCCAAAUGCAAGACCACACCAACACUAGGAGAAGCAUAUCAGUUGGGUUGAAACAAAGUUGUCCUGCUUCCUAUGUAUGUGCAUGUUCACAUCUGGGAGCUGCCAUUAAUGGCACAUCCUGCUUCCAAUGCUGGAAAUGAGUCUUACUAAGUAUUCAGCCUCCUUUAUGAUGGUGGGUAGUCAGGGAAACAGCAUCUCUUUUUUUGACUUCCAGAAGGACUGAGUGCUAUGAAUCUCUCCAGAUGGUCUCAAGGAACUUUACUUGGCAAACAGUGUUGUGAAUUUUGUUUGGGUUUAUGAGUCACUCCUGUUGGUAGAGGUAGAUAACACUACAGCCAGGAAACUAAUGGUCCCAGUCAGGGUCAUUGAGACAGGCUACUAACUUGUCAACCACCAGAACAUCUGCUUGUCAUCUCUAUAGCGAACAUUUGAGGCAUCAGCGCAUAGAGGCGCUCACUCUAAAUCCUAGCCUCUGAAUGGGUUAGGAUAGCUUAGGGCACGGUGGUGGAUGGUAUGAAGUUUGUCUCAUUUCUCUCCUUAUAGCAAUACCCUGAGAAAGAGGAUCACUUCUGGCACUUUGUGAGCAUUUAAGUUUAAGCAUACAACCACCUUGAUACCAGUUUAUAUUUUCAUAGCAAGAGUUCAUUGAAUUGGGCCAUUGGGCCCCACACACAGGGUCACUUUUUUUCUUUAUCACACGAUUUGCUCCAAUCCUGUUCGUUUACUUUAGUCACUCCUCCCCGCACCUCCCUCCCCGUGGAAACAUGGACCAAGAAACUUAAUACUUUCACAGUAGGGGCUUUAAUAGCCACUGAGGCAUGGUCUUCCUGGCUGGUAGCUAGGAAGGAGCAGAGGGAGAGAAGCAGGCAAGGAGGGGCUUAGUUUUUUUGGUUCUUCAUUUCAGUAUUGAUGCCAUCUUCUCCCCUCCCAUCCCAGUAUCUAGAGACCACCCAGGCUCCAGGGAUUUUUCUUUUUGCCCUCCACACACCACUGUGUCUCCUCAGCCCUGCAGUCCUGGGUACCUUUGGCCACCCUCUGGUCAGUGCCCACUUCCCUGGGUGGGAUGGUCACUUGGGCACCUGUAUCUAGCAGAACUAUAAAAGUGAGUCACUUUGUUCUCCCAAGUGCCCCAUCACGCUUGGCUUUUUCCUUCCAGCAGCUGAGGUCAGGGGGGAGGAUGAAGGAGGUAUUAAGUGUAGGGGGAGAGAAUGGCUCCGUCCCAGCAAGCAGCGCUUGUGUUAACUUUUGGUUUUGAUCAGCUGCCCAACUAUUGCCCAAAAAAACUUGUAUUUAUGGUCUACUCAGAGUUGUAUUUCCUCAUCGCUGACAGCAUUUCUUUCUGCUUUGGGGACCUCUUGUCUUAGCAGCCACAGCUAGUUUCUCCUCAGCUAGUGCAGGGGGGCACACCGCCUUGCUGUCGUGUUCCGUCUUCCUCCCCCAACCCGAGGCAAGUGAGCAACAACCAAGGCACUGUUUGGGUGGCUUGUUUUAAUGCUAUGGCACCGUUUGGGUGGCUUGUUUUAAUGCUGUCUUUCAUACUUAGUCUCCAAGUGUUCAUUAGCAGGUAAACAGUAGGAGACCUGCAUCCCCUCCCGUCUUCCCGCUACUUGAGCGAAAGCCCAAGUGAAAGCUCUUGGAGCCAGCAAGUCAUAUCUCUUAACCCAGCCUACCAGGGCUCUCAUCUUCUCCAGAGAACCAUGGCUCUCUCAAGUCAAAACUGGCAAGAACUAGGCAGGCUCUCAGGUGUUGGCCAGUUUACAAGCUCACAAGUUAGCCUGUUAAAAUUUCAUGAGAUAUUGGCAGAAGACUCAAGACAAAGACUUUAUAAAAGUAACCAGAGCUUCCUGUUGGUUUAUGUUGGUCCCCGGUGUUCCCAAGUCCCACAGGGCUGACAUAAAAAGCCCAUGAUGAAUGCCUGCACAGACAGUAAGUUUGUGUUACAGGAGAGGAACACUAAGCUUAGGCAAUACCCAGCUUUUAUAAUAAGCACGAGCAAGCCUAUUCUUUAUCUGGAGAAAGAUGGAACAUCAUCAUCAUUCAAGGGUGCUCACUGCAAACAGAGCCUUGAGAAAUGCCCUGGAAAAGAGAACUCAGUACCCACCAAGAACAUGCAGGGAUUCCUGAGCCAAAAAUUAAACAUUAUAGGGCCUCAAUUAUGUGUGAAGUUUUGGGAAUUGAAUAUUAGCAGAGCUCUGAUAAAUUAAUAGUUGUAUGUAAGUUACUGAUUACCUACCAUGUUCCAGGUAACAUUCAAAAUUCUUUAUGUGUUUAAUUUGUUAAGAGUCACCACAACAAAGUACCACAUACUGGGUGGCUUAAACAACAAAAAUUGAUUUUCUCACAAUUCUGGAAGCUAGAAGUCUGAGAUCAAGAUGUGGGUAGGGCUGGUUUCUUCUGAGGCCUCUUUCCUUAACUUGAAGAUGACUGUCUUCUCCCUGUGUCUUCACAAGGUCUUUCUCUGUACCUUUGUCCAAAUUCCCUCUUCUUGUAAGGACACCAGUCAUAUUGGAUUAAGGCUCACCCUAAUGACCUCGUUUUAACUUAAUUGCCUUUUAAAGGACCCUUUCUCCAAAUACAGUCACAUUUUGAGGUGCUAGGGUUUAGGACUUCAACAAAUGAAUUGGCAGAGGGACGCAAUUCAGCCACUAACACAUAUGUAGUCUCAGUCUUUGCAACAUCUAUUCCCUCCACUCUGUAGAUGAGGAAAUGAGCUUAGUAAAGUUAAGAAACUUGCCCAAAGUCUCAAAGAUACUAGGUAGUAGAGCUGGCAUUUGAACUAAGGUUUUAUCUAGCUCCAAAGUCUGUAUUUCUAAACAAUAAUUGUUAUGUGAAGCACUUUCUUCCUGCAAGGUAACAACAAAACAAGAAAAGAGAAUGCCUGGUUUAUUUACAAGACUAAUUUAAAUGUAUUAGAAAAUAUAAUUUUAUUAUCCUCAUGUUUGGGUAAAAGAAUAUCAUUUUGGGGUUUGUCUUCUAUGUGAUAACCUGAGAACUUUGCACAGAUGUCAUUUCAAUUGUACAUACUGUCAUUGUUCAAAGAAUAACAAAGUUGAGUGUAGAACUGUUUUUAAAAAUAUUUUCUUUUACUUGAGUAGAUACUGAUAUUUUUUUCUC